AUGCAAUCACUCGUCCUUCCCCCUUCAGCCCUCACCAGCACACAAUUUGGACAUCCAAGGUUCAGUUCAGCCUCCGAACGGCUUGCUCUUAAGUACACGCUACCGACAAAUGCUCGUCUGUGCAAUUCCCGGGAUCUUCCACCCGUCCACCCUAUGUCCAGCUCGGUCCCGGCAGAAGACCCGCUGGAGACUACUCGACACGUCAAACCGCCCCCUCAUACAACAGGACUGCCGACAGUUACGGCUGUGCCAGUGACCGCCCCCGCGGUGACACCGGCGUCUGUCUCAGAGACGGCUCUGGCGUCGGGAUCUUCAGGCCCCGCGGCAGGCCAUACUUCAGCAUUCCAACAAUAUGUGGCCCGGACCGCUGGAGAAGAGAUGCGACCACCGUUCAUCUUCAAUAAAACUGUCCCUGGUUUCCAAGCACCAUUGGGGACCACUGAACAACGAGAAGCACAAGAGUCCUCGACGGCGUUUCCAUCCUCGAGUCGUGGAACCUCGCCAACUGGCACAACCACUAGAGCGCUGCUGCCAAAAGGGACGAGACGCACUAAAGCUCACGUCGCAUCCGCGUGUGUUAAUUGCAAGAAGAAGCAUCUAGGGUGCGAUCCUGCCCGACCUUGUCGCAGGUGCGUCUUGUCGGGAAAGGAGGUAAGCCAAUCUAUCUUAGUCCACCUGAGUUGCAGUUCGUUGCUAAGAGGAAGACCGCCACUGAAGGCUGAGGAUGCGUCUCUCAGGACGUACACAACACAGGCAGAAAAUGCGGUGACAUCUGGAGAGCAGCAGCCUCCUCUAGCCAGACGCACUCAUACACAUAAGUCCACCGGCUCUCGCGAAAUUCGACCUGUGACAGACCUCCAGAUACCUGGUACACCACACGGGACAGUCGGGUUUAGGGCUGCGCCAGGUCACCCUCACAGGUGGUCGACUUCUGUAUUUCCCCAGGCGGUGGAUCCUUCAAUAUCGAUGCAGUCAAACCUUGGGCAUAGGCGAUUUUCUUCUUCUGGUUCCAUACCACAGAUGACAGCCGCGACACAGUCGGGAAUCAUGCCUCUCACAAGUGGUUUCAGUCCUGUGCUCAAUCUCGGUGGCUCGCAAAUGGGCGCACGACGGGCUUUUUCUUCGUAUACUCACCAGGGAUUACCUCCUACCACAUCUCCCCCGCAGUAUCAGCAACCAUUCGGUGUGCCUAUGCCGCCAUACACCGUGAGUCCGAGAAUGGUGAGCCGGUUGCCGCCGGGCGACACUCGCGAAGCAUACCCGGAAUCUCCAGUCCGAUUGCCCCCCAUUUUCCCUCCAGCGAUGCCGCACUCCCGUCCCGCACCACAGGCACAUCGGUUGAGCGAUCCUUACCCAGCGGUGUGGUCCCCUCGGCUCCGUGAGGAGCUGAUGCAGCCACAGCCACAGCAGCAGACUAGGGGUUCGUCGCCGCACAGUUUGAUGGAGCCAACUUCUUCUGCCGCGCAAACGCGUCACGCAGCACUCGAACACGGCCACGGAGAAGUAGCUCCGCAUCAAUCAAAUUCAAUUAUACAAGGAGCACAAACUCUUUCAGUGCAGUCGUCUCCAGCUCGUCCUCGGGACGAACAACCAGCUGGGGGACCCGAAACAGACGAACCCAGGCCCGCGAAGAGGCGAAAGAUGGCCUUGGAUGAUAUGCCUUGCGCAGCUCACACCAUCUGCGGACUCACUAUUUCCUUUGUUCUUGAUAUCCCUGGAUUCGCAUGUGCUCCAGCAACCCCAGCUGUGGCAUUUUCACAUCUACCACUCGGAUUUCUCAGCCUGGUCUAUACGCUAUACAUUGGCCGUUGCGUAUUUUACGAUCACCCUCAUCUUCCAUUCUUUCCGUUACAUCAAGGUCAAAGGUUCAUCACUGGCGUUUUGUCUCCUUUGUAUUCUCGGAGUUCUCACGGGGUCACGCCAUUCGCAUUACUAUGUUCGAUCAUCCACACUGCUGCAUAA